CCGCAGUGUCAGAGGUAGCCGGCUGGGCUGUUUAUUUAGGGAAACAAAAAGCUGUAUCAUUUGCACACGCCCUUAUAGGCAGACACAGGCUUUCAACUUGAGUUCUUCAAAAGGAGGGAAGGCAAGAUGACGAGCUCUUCAUGGCUGUGCCUGGCCUUGGCCAUCUUUUCGGGCUUUGUCCUUGUGGCAGGUUAUCGACAGGACUCUGACAAUAAAGAGUAUGUGCUGGUCAAUAACAAGUGUCAGUGUGUAACAGUGACCUCAAAGUUCAUCCCCUCCAAAGAAAAUCCUGAUGAAGAAAUCCUGGAGAGAAACAUACGCAUCCUAGUCCCCCUGAAGGCUCGGGAGAACAUCUCUGACCCCCAGUCACCCCUCAGAACGAAAUUUGUCUACCGCAUGACUGAGCUCUGCAGAAAAUGCAAUCCUGUAGAGAUAGAGCUGGGUGGUGAGAUAUACCAGGCCCAGCAGAGCACCUCCUGCAACGAACCCGAAACCUGCUAUACCUAUGACAGGAACAAGUGCUACACCACAACCUUCCCAUUCCUCCACGAUGGAAAGGUAGAACAUGUUAAAGCAGCUCUGACACCAGAAUCCUGCUACACCGAUUAGCUCAACCCACUGGUGUGCCAAUGCUUUCCAGCACUCAGUGUUCCUACCAAACAUACAUGUAUAACACCAUAGUACCUGCACAACAGUGUCUAAAAUACCAGCUCCCAGACUAACGCCAGCUUGCCUCUCCCUAUUGUUCCCAACAUCAAAUGAGCGUCACCUCGCAAGAGCAGUGAGUGGUUGUCAUAGACUGUUCUCGUACCCCUGUGAUGCAUCUGCAGUGCUGCUGUUGUGCAUUUCAGACAUUAUCAUCAUACAGACCAGACCCUCAGCAGAUGUAAACUGGCAUUUGCAUGAGGGGAAAUGUACAUUUCCCUUCUGAAAUCAAGGGCACUACAGGGAUUUAUGAGACUAGGGCAUCUUUGAUCUUAUUGGCAGAAUUUAUGCCAUUACUUGAAGCCUGCUGUACAAUCAGAUCUGAGAGAGAAGAUGAGGAAUGACACAGAAUUCAGAUUUCAAAGUUAUUUUGUGACAGAGCCUUCUAGACCAUCCUAGCACUUCAACAAUUGCAAGCUUCCCAUUUUCUUCUACAUUCAGAGAAGAUCAAAGGAUGCUGCUACCCUGUAGUGCCAGGCAAAGUUUGCAGAACCUCAGCUGUGCCAGGAAUCAUAAACCCUUCUAGUACAUGUUAGCUAUUUCCCUUUCCACACUUAGUGACAUUGAGACCGUCUUCCAACUCUGCUCCAACUUCAAUUGAGAAAAAAAAAAAAAAAGGGCCAGGCUGGCUUUAAUCUCUUCACACAUUCCUCAUUUUGCAUUUGGAGAUGCAAGAAAUUCCAUAAAGCUGACUGAACUGCAAGAGCAAGACCCAGGAGUUUUUCUUCAUACAAGAAACCCUCACCAAACAAAUGCACCUUUCAGUUAAACACCUUACACUCAGUAUUGCCCACAGAGACACCAUGUAUGGGAGGAGCAUUAUGUGUCCAGCGUUUCAUUUGGGGUAGCUGGUGUCUUUCUCACUGUUGUCACGAGUCGAUUGUAAAGCUUUUGGCUCUUUUGAAAAGCCCGUAUCUGGCUUCACACACAACUAUAAUAAUAAAACAGCAAAUAUCUUACUCCCAUAAUUGUAGCUCUGUUAGUGAAACAUUAAAUAAACCUUCUUCUGCA